AUGACGGUCGGCACCAAGAAGCAUCGACGACCUACGGUGGUUCCAGCCAAAGUGCUUCCCAUCUGCUUCCAACGACGACGAAAACAUGUCAAUACGUGCUCCGACCGGAUCUGGCAAGACGAAUGCUACGAUGCUGACGGUGAAUUCACCCACAACGGUCAUAAAUACAGCGUCGACGCCACACGCAAA